AUGCCCAACCCCAAUGUCAUUUCACACAACACUCUUCUCUCUAGCUACUUCAGCUCUGGUUUCCUUCCUGAAGCCUUGGAAACCUUCUUUGCCAUACCCAUGAAGGAUUCUCAUUUAUGGAACAUACUCAUUUCUGGGCAUCAGGUUCAUGCUGAGAUUGCUAAGGUUUGCUCGAUUUUGGAUUCUUAUUUGGGGACUAAUCUCUUGCAGAUGUUUGCGAGUUAUAGGGUUAUUGAGGAUGUAAAGAAGGUGUUCGGUGAAAUGCCCAGUAGAGACCUGAGUGGACAUAUGGACAAAGCCAUGUGGCUCUUUUAUGAAAUGCAAUUGGCUGAUGUGAAACCAAAUUCAUUCACCUUUGGUGGUAUGCUUGGCUUAUGUGCAUCCAGAAACACCUUACAAAGAGGAAAACAACUACAUGGUGUUACUAUAAAAUAUGAUUUCAAAACAAUCUGGUAUGCUCAAAAUGGAGAAGCCAUGAAAGCCUUGAAACUUUAUAACAAGAUGGUGCAAUUAGGACCUUUCGUUGUUUCUCUAAAUGAUGUAACUUUUAUCGACGUGCUUAAUAUUGAGCAUUAUACAUGUAUGGUUGACAUGCUUGCAAGAUCAGGGUUGCUUAAGAAAGCUGAGGCUCUUCUUCUUCAAAUGCCUUUUAAAGCUGAUGCUGUAAUGUGGAGCACACUAUUGGGAGCCUGCAAACUGCAUGGAAAUCCAACAAUGGUGAAGUGCAUUUCUGGAAAUCUUUACAAGGAAGGUGAGCCGCUAGCUCUUCCAUCAUCCGCUCGCCUGCUCUCCGUGAUUAGUUCAUUGCGUAGUGAUUUUCUUGCGAAAUUAGGUCAUCCGAUCGUGGAUUUAGGUCCUUUUGCGGUGGGGAGUUUGGGGGUCUCUCAGUCUUGGGGGUUUUAG